GGUUGGCCUAAGACUGACUAUUGAUGUUUCGGAGUGAAGAGUGAGAGGUUCAGACCCGUGCACAGCUGGUGCUGUUCUUGUUCGGCAGCAACAAUGUAACAGGAAGGUAGGGUGAGUCGCUGUGGCACUCACUGGAUGGCAGAAAUCAUUGAGAACAUUCCCAAUGCUAGAAUUACUCUCACAUCUCCUAUUGAACUGGGAGACGUUUCUAAAUUUGAAGAGCUGAAAGGCUGUUCUAAGAGACGAGUAAUUCCAACGCAUUUGAGCUAUGACAUGCUACCUGUGACUAUUAAACAAAGACAAUGCAAGAUAAUCUACAUCGUUAGAAAUCCAAAAGACACAGCCGUCUCCCUGUUCCACUACUACAGAGAUAACCCUAAUCUCCCCUCUGUUGAAACGUGGGCUGCGUUUUUAGAGCUGUUCCUCAAAGGAGAGGUUGUGUAUGGAUCGUGGUUUGAUCACGUGUUGACCUGGGAAGAACACAAAAAUGAUAAAAACAUCCUAUUUAUAUUCUAUGAAGACAUGAAGAAAGAUUUUACUAAAAGCUUAAAGAAAAUAACUGCUUUCCUUGGGAUAAGCAUGAAUGAAACUGAAGUGAACAAGAUUGCUUGGAGAACGUCAUUCAACGAAAUGAAAAACAAUGCAGCCAAAGAGAACUGUGACCCGAAUCACACCAUCUGUGCUCUUACAUCUAACAGGAACCUGGUGUUUAGGAAAGGAGUGGUGGGUGAUUGGAUAAACUACUUCACUCCGAAGCAGAAGAGAGUCUUUGAUGAAGUAUUCACAGAGAAAAUGAAACACAGUGAACUGGGGAGGUACUUGAAAGAGUACUCAUAAUGCAGAUGGGGGAAAACGCCAAUUUCCAGUUCAAGCAACGCAGCGCCUGGGAAACAUGCAAAUAUUUUUUGCUGAUGUGGAAAACAGAGAUUUGUGGCAGUAAGAAAAGGAUACUUCAUGCAUGUGUCAAAAGUGUCAUGGGAGAGAGACUGUUAUUAUCAUACUGUUUUGUUUUUUUUUUUUAAGGGAAGAGUAACAUUGUUGAAUACCUAAAUUAUAUGUCAGCUUUUUGUAUAUUCAGUGAGACAAAAAUACUGCUGCUAUUCAGGAAGAAUAUAGAUGCCAGUCAUGAUCUAUAAACUGUAGUGAUGCACCAAAAAAAGAUGUAAGGGAUCAGCUACACUUGCAGAUGUCUGAGGAAAAAUUUUAGUUUUCUGCCCCUGAAGAAAAUCACGACCUGUACACUAAAAUUUUAACUUUCAGCAUUUCCAAGCGUCUGUGAAGGGAGACCCUCCUCUCUCAUCAUACAGAUGUGCCAUAAUCUUACUGAGCUUAGAACACCUAAUGGCCAGGUUAGACCAAGUGACAUCCGCUGGAAAAGAGGAAGAACGUAAAGGUGCUUUUGCGUGUCAGCACUGGUUUAGUGUCCCAGGCUCCUGUUUACCUUCAUUGCGACUUUUCUCAUUUUCCAGUCUUGAAAAAGCACAGUGUUCCAUGAAGCUCCGAUUUAUAGUAUUUUGCGUGUGUCUGCUUUCUUCAGAAUCAUCCCCAAUACCAAGUCAAAGUCUGUGAUCCCCCCUGUCUGCACGGGGCACUGCUGUGCAGCUCGGGGCGGGGCGGGCCCUUGUAAGGACACAUCAGCGCAUUUGUUUGAGCACUGUUUAUUACCCUUACUACAGAAAUAAAUCACGUCAUAAUACUUACAUCUAUCUUGUGCAUGGAAAAGUCCAAAGUGUGUGCUGUCCAUAACUGAACGCCACCGAAAGCAGCAGUGUGACUUGCUCAGUUCAACGGAACGUUUCGAUUUUGCACAGUAGUGUAUCGCAAACCCAUAUAAACUUUU